UAUGAAAGAAUCCCCCAAAACCCUUUCAAUUUACGAUCUUUUUAGUAAAGAUUUCUCUUUCUUUUGUUUUGUUUUAUAUUAUCUAAAGCCACGGCAUACGAUUGUGCCUAUCGAGGAAACCAAGCACAUAUUGCUAGUGGGUCCCUGAAGAGUGAAGAAUGCCAGUUAGGGUGGUGAGCUGAGAGAACUGUGGUGUUUGAUACAAGAUGGAAGGCAGCUUCGAACAGACCCUUCAAGAUGGAAAGCUUUAUAGACAAGUCAAUUCUCUCAUUGUUGCUCAUCUUCGCGAUCAUAACCUCACCCAGGCUGCAAGUGCUGCUGCUUCAGCUUCAAGGACACCGCUGAAUGUUGAUGUUCCGCCUAAUAAGCUUAUGGAGCUCGUUGCAAAGGGUCUUGCGGUGGAGAAAGAGGAGAUGUUAAGAGGGAGUCCUGCUUCUGCAUUGUACGAAUUUGGUUCAUCGGUGCCCUCUACAUUUGGGUCUACACAGCCUUCUCGUGCUUCUGCCAUCGACUUUAGCACUGUGCAGGAUACAAAAGGUUCAUCGAAGAAUUUUCCAAAGCACGAGACUCGACAUCUUUCAGAGCAUAAGAAUGUUGCCAGAUGUGCAAGGUUCAGCGCUGACGGGAGAUUUGUUGCCACAGGAAGCGCAGAUAUGUCGAUAAAGCUGUUUGAGGUGGCAAAGAUCAAGCAGAUGAUGCUGCCAGAUUCGAAAGAUGGUCCUGUCCGACCUGUUAUAAGGACGUUUUACGAUCACAUUCAACCAAUAAAUGAUUUGGAUUUUCAUCCUCAGAAUACUGUUCUUAUAUCUGGUGCAAAAGAUCAGACUAUAAAGUUCUUUGACUUCUCCAAAUUGACUGCUAAGAAAGCAUUCAGAGUUAUCCAGGAUACCCAUAACGUGCGUUCGAUAUCACUUCAUCCUUCAGGAGAUUAUCUUUUAGCGGGAACGGAUCAUCCGAUUGCCCACCUGUAUGAUGUCAAUACUUUUCAGUGCUUUCUUUCUGCAAAUGUUCCAGAAAUAGGAAAUAGUGGAGCCAUAAAUCAGGUCAGGUAUUCAGCAACAGGCAGUAUGUAUGUCACUGCUUCAAAAGACGGUGCAGUUCGUUUAUGGGAUGGCGUUAGUGCGAAAUGUCUUCGCUCCAUUGUUAGUGCACACGGUACAGCAGAGGCAACCAGUGCAAAAUUUACAAAGGAUGAAAGGUAUGUUCUUUCUUGUGGAAAGGACUCGACUGUAAAGCUCUGGGACGUGGGGACGGGAAAACUGGUCAAACAAUAUGUUGGAGCUACUCAUAUGCAAUUGAGGUGUCAGGCUGCGUUCAAUGAUAAUGAGGAGUUUGUGCUAUCAAUAGACGAACCAAGCAACGAGAUUGUUAUCUGGGAUGCUCUGACAGCAGAGCGAGUAGCAAGGUGGCCUUCGAACCACAUCGGUCCACCCCGGUGGCUCGAGCACUCACCAACAGAAUCAGCCUUCAUUUCGUGCGGGACUGAUAAAUCAAUACGCUUUUGGAAGGAAACUCUCUAGUGAGUGCAUCUGGCUAGAAGAUGAGAGCUGUUUCCUCAACCUGAAAAUGUAUGAGAUGUAGCAAUCUCUUGAGCCCUCUCCCACAAUUCUUGAGAAGAGAUGGGCUCUCACUCUCCAUAUAAAAUGUGGGCCAAAGCCCAAUAAAUCAGUGGGCUUUGACAAUUGAAUGACCAAGGCCCAAUUGUUUAAAUUUGUACAACUCUCAUGAAGGACCUCUUAGUUAUUGCCAAACCUUGGUUUAAACUAUAAAAGCAAGUUUCAAGGGAUCCAUUACAUUAAAA